AUGUCAGAGGGACACGCCACGCCAGAAUGGGACAUCAACGAUGCUGUCGUACCCAGGGUGACACAUUUCGAUACAUUUGGUGAAUGGUGUGACGGCCACGUCCGCAGGGUCUACCCUCCCGGCUGCGAGGAGGCACGGAGACACGCCUCCGGCUGGGCCAUGAGGAACACGAAUAACCACAACGUGCACAUCCUGAAGAAAAGCUGCUUAGGUGUAUUAGUUUGUUCCACGAGAUGUCGUCUUCCGGACGGAUCCAGGGUCCACUUACGGCCAGCCAUCUGUGAUAAGGCUAGAAAAAAGCAACAAGGAAAACCAUGUCCUAAUCGUCUCUGCAAUGGCGGUAGGUUAGAAGUGCAACCGUGUCGAGGGCACUGCGGUUACCCAGUCACUCACUUCUGGAGGCACACGGAACACGCAAUCUUCUUUCAAGCCAAAGGAUCCCACGAUCACCCAAAGCCAGAAGCCAAGGGAGCCAGCGAAGUGCGACGAACACUUGGCGCUGGGAGACGAGUUCGUGGUCUCGCGCUCUUACUGGCGAGAGAAGCUGCAAUUGCUGAUAAAAUACUAAAUGUCAAGCCCGAUAAGCAAAUGCCACAGAAGACUAAUAUUCACCUACAACCGCCUCCGUUGAUUCCGGACAGUCAAAGAGGGUUAACAUGUACGUGCGGACCUUUUGAAUGCACCUGCCGAUGGCGUCCCGAAACCAACGAAGCAUUCACGUCAUCAACAUGGACACAAUCUGAACACCAACCCUACAACAGCUACGUAACGCCAUCCGUCUCUGCACCACCCCCAGCGCAAUCAUACGACCCUAGUACUUUACCAGCAGACGACAUCUUUCACCCAGAAGAAAUAUUUCAGUUAGACCAACCAAUCAGAUUAGAUUUUCCAAUGGAAGAGAACACCUUAGAAUCACCUCCGACCUUCGCCGAUCUGAACAGCGAAAACUCAAGACCGGAAGACUCUUAUUGGUUCGAAUGGCAACGGGCUGCCGGCGGCUCCGAGUCAAGCGAAACUUCCUCACCAGAACUCUUCAGUAACGGAUACCAGCAAAUGGAAUAUUGCGAACAGCAGCCUUACCCCCACCAGCAGUUCUAUCCAGACGAGGCACAAUACUACCAGAUCGAUAAUACGAGGGAAUCACCAGUUGAAAUGGAAGACCAGCGCUUCUAUAGGUAUAGCCAGGACUGUUCCCAGGGCAACGUUGAGAUGCACGGAUGGAAUUAUACAGACUGCGCCUUCACGCAGCAUAAUGCCCAAGAAUGCAAGCAGUACUACGAAGCCCAACACGCCCAGUCAGUCAACGCAUUUAGUCUUUUAUAA